AUGCUGUCCUCUCAAAACAAACGUUCCGCUCUCAAAUUGAUUGAGAAGGCUUUCAUCAACAAGAAGGUACUAUCAUCAAAUGCCUCCUUGGCUUACAUGUCAUCGGGUAGUAUGGGGUUUUCUGCAAAGAGAAAUUAUAGCCGUUCUAGCAAUUUGAAGAGAAUGAAUUUCAUUGCUACCAAUCAAUUCGCAAUGAAGAUGAAUCAAUCCAUGAUGAUCAUGAAUUACAACUUGGAGCAACAAGUGAGAGGAUAUGCUACUCUUCCAAAGGGAGCUUCUGUCAUUAAUAUGCCUGCGCUCAGUCCUACCAUGUCCACUGGUAACAUUGGUAAAUGGUUGAAAAACGAAGGUGACAAGAUUAGUGCGGGAGAUCUUUUAGUUGAAGUUCAAACAGACAAGUCAACUUUGGAAUUUGAAUUCCCAGAAGAAGGAUAUUUGGCCAAAAUUUUAACUCCAAAUGGUUCUAAGGAUGUUGCUCUCGGAAGCCCAAUCGGUAUUCUUGUUGAUGAUGCCUCAAAGAUUUCCUCUGUUCAAAACAUCACAUUAGCUGAUUUGGGAGCCUCUACUGGUGCUCCUUCAACAGCACAACCAACAACACCACCAUCCACUCCAUCAACACCCCCUUCGACUCCAUCUACACCUGCUUCAACAGCAUCUUCUCAAAAGCCAAAAGGUGUUCAUGAAAUUUCAAUGCCAAUGCUUUCACCAACCAUGACAAAGGGACGAAUUGGAUCAUGGGUGAAACAAGUUGGUGACAAGAUUUCUCCAGGAGACAUCAUUUGUACUGUUGAAACUGAUAAGGCCACAGUUGAUUUUGAAUUCCAAGAAGAGGGUUAUUUGGCAAAGAUUGUUGCCCCACAAGGUACUGAAACAUCUCUCGGAGAAGUUAUUGCCAUUCUUGUUGAUAAGAAGGAAGAUUUGGCUGCAGGUGCUGCCUAUACACCAAGUGCUUCUGGAGCUGCUACUACUCCUUCAACACCACAACAAGCUCAACCACAACAAGUCCCUCAACAAGUUCAACAACCACAACAACAAGCUCAACCAACAACCACUCAACAACAAGCCACUGGAGGUCGUAUCUUUGCCUCUCCCUUGGCUAAGAAGAUUGCAGGUGAAAAAGGAGUUGAUUUGAGAGAAAUUGGAUCAGGAAGCGGAGACUCGGGCAGAAUUAUUAGAGCUGACGUUGAGGAAUUCCUCAUGCGUAAACCAGCUGUUCAAGAACAGCCAAAGGUUGCAGCUGCAGUUGCCCAACCACAAGUCAUGCAAGCUGGAGUUCCAACAACAGCAUCUUAUGUCGAUAUUCCAGUAUCUACUAUUCGUAAGGUUAUUGCUGAACGAUUGACCGAGUCAAAGAGAAAUAUUCCUCACUAUUAUUUGACUGUUGAAAUUGAGGUUGACAAGUUGAUGAAGGCCAGAGAAGAAUUGAAUAAGGCUGGCGAAAAGAGAGGUUUCAAAUUAUCUGUCAACGACAUGCUUGUUAAGGCUGCCGCUCUCGCAAUGAAGAAGUCACCAGAAGUGAAUAGCUCAUGGAAUGACACUUUCAUUCGUCAAUACAACAAUGUUGACGUUUCCGUGGCUGUUCAAACUGAUAAUGGUUUAAUCACUCCAAUUGUUUUCUCUGCUGAAUCCAAAGGACUUGCACAAAUUUCAAAUGAAAUUAAGGGACUUGCUGCAAAGGCUAGAGAGAAUAAGCUCAAGCCACAAGAAUUCCAAGGAGGUACAUUCACUAUUUCAAACCUUGGAAUGUUUGGUAUUGAUGAAUUUUCAGCAAUCAUCAAUCCACCUCAAGCAUGUAUUUUGGCAGUUGGUAAAUCUCAAAGAAAGGUUGUUGUCAAUGACCAUCCAACCUCACCAGAAGACAAGUUUAAGGUUGUGACAACCAUGAAGGUUACUUUGAGCUGUGAUCACCGUGUUGUUGAUGGAGCUGUUGGAGCUCAGUGGUUGCAAGAAUUCAAGACACUUAUUGAAAAUCCACUCUACAUGACACUUUAA